GAAUAAAGUCAGGGUUUUUUUUUUUCUCACCGUUGAGCUUAGAACUGAAAGACUUUGGGGAGGUUUUUCACUAAACGGCGAGCGACGCUUCCAGAGAUUAUCACAAUCCACAGAGAAACCCAAAAGAUUGAAGGAAGAUGCAUUACAUGGAUUUGUUUAGUAAAGCUGGAAACAUAUUUAGGCAGCCUAGAGCUAUGCAGGCCGCCAACGCUAUGUUACAGGGCAAUCUUUCUUUGACUCCAUCCAAACUCUUUGUUGGAGGUCUCUCACCAACUACUGAUGUAGAUAUCUUGAAAGAAGUUUUUGGCAAAUUUGGCAAAAUCGUUGAUGUGGUAGUGGUUUCGGACCGUGAAACUGGUGUAUCGAAGGGGUUUGGUUUCGUAACAUAUGACUCGAUUGAUGCUGCUAAUAAGGCUAUGCAACAGAUGAAUGAUCAGGAACUUGAUGGGAGAAUCAUUGGAGUGAACCCGGCUGAUUCAGGAGGCGGUGGAGGUGGCUUUGCAAGAAGGGGAGGAUAUGGUGGUGGCCGUGGUGGAUUUGGUCGAGGUGGGUUUGGUCGUGGUGGAUUUGGACGUGGUGGCUAUAACUUUGUUCGUUAACUUGGCAUCUAGGAGUGUUUACUUCCAAGAUUUAUUAGUCUUCUGUUUCAUUUUUUCUUCACAUAGACCAUUUUUUUUGUUAAAACGUUCACUGAAGCUUUUGAAUAAACAGAUGAAACAGCUAUAGUUGGCAAACACA